ACGAAUCGUCUUCCGAAGAUAUUUCUUUCUUUUUUUGGAUUUCUCCAUGCAAGCAAAAGCCCUAAGAAAAGAACACCAACCAUUCGCAAUCGUGCGACGUGAACAUUCCGGCAUAACGGAAGAAUUCGAUUGCUGAAGGAUUAUUGAAAUUGAAAGUUAUAGUGAUUGAGUUUUGGUUUUCCUGAUGGUGGAAGAAGCAAAAUUGGAUUCAAAAUCGAAAUCGAUUCCGAAUGAGAAUUUGAGAUUCGGAGAAAGGGCUUUGUCUGCCGGCGGCGCCGCUUUUUUAUCGGCGGUCAUAGUUAAUCCCCUCGAUGUUGUUAAGACGAGAUUACAAGCACAGGCUGCAGGAGUUCCGUAUCAAGGCUCGUGUCGUCUUGGUUGUUUCGAUACGAAUUCCAAGGUGGUACAUGGUUUGAGAAGUAAUUCUGCUCCAGGGAUGUGUAGAAUUACUGGCUCUGCAUCUGUAUGCUCAGAUAAUCAGUACAAGGGAACUCUUGAUGUCUUCUACAAAAUUAUCCGCCAGGAACAACUUUAUGCAGGAAGGGUUUUCUAGGCUUUGGAGAGGUACAAACGCAAGUUUAGCUUUGGCCGUUCCGACUGUUGGGAUCUACAUGCCUUGUUAUGAUUAUUUUCGCAACAUAAUGGAGGAGUUCACGACAGAGAAGUCCCCAACUUUGACGAUUUAUGUCCCUCUAGUUGCCGGGACAUUAGCCCGCUCCUUGGCUUGUAUCUCUUGUUACCCUGUUGAGUUAGCCAGGACACGGAUGCAGGCCUUUAAGGGAACGCAGAGAGAUGUGAAACUGCCUGGCGUUUGGAAGACAUUGGUUGACGUCGUCAAUCCAGUCAAGGGAUCAAAUAAUGGCUACAGGAUGUUAUGGACUGGUCUUGGUGCUCAACUUGCUAGGGAUGUUCCAUUCUCUGCAAUCUGCUGGUCGAUACUUGAGCCUACCCGGAGAAGCAUUCACGCGGCCAUGGGUGAAGAACCAGGGGCAGGCAGUAUAAUAGGUGCGAACUUCACUGCUGGUUUUGUUGCGGGUGCAGUUGCUGCUGCAGCUACUUGCCCACUAGAUGUUGCAAAGACUAGGCGUCAAAUAGAGAAGAAUACAGAUAGAGCCAUGACAAUGACCACUAGACAAACCUUAGCAGAGAUUUGGAGGGACGGAGGAAUAAGAGGGAUGUUUAGUGGAGCAGGGGCUCGGGUGGGACGAGCAGGACCAUCUGUAGCCAUUGUGGUAUCCUUUUACGAAGUGGUCAAGUAUGGACUGCACAAGUUUCACCAACAGUAAGUCAGUAACACUUAUAGUUACUGUAGACAGAUUUUGUUUUGAUGCGAAGCUAAAAAGAACCCUUCCGCGUCUAACUCAAUAAAGAGGUUGUUGCCGUAUGAGGUGCUUACUACACCUUAACAAGGCAAAACGUGAAAUUUAUUCUUUUUUUUUGGGGUCAAGAAGGAAUAUUAUUUAUUCAAGUUGUUUUUCGUUUUAAUAUUUUUUUUGUAAGAAGAAAGUAAAGUUAUUUUUUUAACACGAGAUUCUUAUGGCAGAAAAUGAACUUGAUGUUGAUCAAGGGUGUGUAGCAAAGUCAUUUCUCAAUAAAUAACAUGGCAUAUAUAAUAAUUC